AUGCCUCGAGCGCUCCUCGUUGCCCGGGAUCCCCUCCUCGGCCGGGAGGAAGAUGAGGAGGAAGUUGACGUUGUUUCUGAAGGGGACAGCGAGAAACCUCUCGACUUCUCCGCAACGGCGAGCCCACACUGCACGCCGGUGAUAAACCCAUCGCAUGCCUUGCUAUACGAUCCCGUCUUCUACCUUCGGAUGCUUCGAGAGUUCCAACUGCAGUUCCCUCAACCGAUGGCGAUAUCGUAUCAUACGGAGACUUCGGACGGCUCGGAAAGAUCCUCGAGCCCUCCAUCCCCCCAGCACAGCCCGCCUCCUCUGAUUAGGUUGCCGCUAGUCUGUCCUCCUCAGCGUCCUGCAAACGCCACCAACUCCUCAAACUUCAGCAUCCGCGCACUCCUGGGCUUGAACACGGAAGCGUUCACCUGCCAUGUUUGCCGGAGACAGUUCAGCACAUCUGGCGGGCUCCAAUCACAUUUGCGAAGGGGCUGCGGACUGGAUCCCUUGGCGCCGCCAUCGCUGCCGACGCCGUCGAAAAUGUUCGAGUGCAAACAAUGCGGCAAAUGUUUCAAGAGAUCGUCGACGCUAUCUACCCAUCUGCUCAUUCACUCCGAUACCAGACCGUAUCCUUGCGAAUACUGCGGCAAGAGAUUCCAUCAGAAGUCAGAUAUGAAGAAACACACAUAUACCCACACAGGUGAAAAACCUCACCAGUGCACAAUUUGUGGGAAGUGCUUCAGCCAGUCGUCGAAUCUCAUCACUCAUAUGCGAAAACACACGGGUUUCAAACCUUUCACUUGUCGAAUCUGCAACAAGGCGUUCCAGCGGAAAAUCGACUUGAAGCGACACUGCGAUACGAAACACGAUCCGGCGUCCGAACAAUUCGAUGGAUCCUCGCAACAAGUUGCGCCGCAAACUCAAGCCAACUUCGUUGAGCUACACCGAGAAGCUUCGCUUUUCAGACCCAUUUGA